UGACAGUAAGCCGGCGGACAUCGGGCCGAUCGGCGAACCUGGAGACCGCUAGUCGCACACGCUUGUCCCUUCUCGGCUCCUUGUCUGUCUCGUCCGAUUGUUAUUUUAAUCCAGGAACGAUUUUUCAGCCAUGAGCAAUAAUAAGGGUGUCAAGCGGAACAGCUUGUCUGCUGAACUGAAUGACAAGGAAAUGUCUUCAACGAAAAAGGGUGGUAAAGAGGAAUUUGAAUCAUUCGACGACGAUCUGGACGAAGAGGAGCUCGAAGACGAGGAAGACCUUCUAGACGAGGAGGAAGAAGAUGAGGAAGAUGAGGUCUCGGCGAGUGAGGAGUCUAAUCCAGAUGAACCUCCCAAAGAAUACAGGUCUCGAUCAUUCGUAGUAUCGAAAAGCGAUUUCAAAGGAAAAGAAGAAGAAUACCCGAUUUGGAAAAUAGACGGGAAUUCACUUUUACAAAAGUAUAUACCUUUUAAGGAUGACAGCGGGCAGAUAUUGUACAGGAGUACAUCAGUUUAUUCUGGAUGGUCAAUCAACCACAAGGACAACUAUUACCACGCUCCGACAAUAGUCAAAAAGCAAGAUAACAACGAUACGAUAGUCGAAUUUCAAAAAUCAUUAGUCAAAGUGUAAAGUCAUUAAAUCCAAGGCAAGAGAGUGUGUAAAAACCUGUGUUGAAACAAAAAAAUGUAUAAAUUUACGUUAAUAUUUCUUGUCUUUAUUAAAUCGAUGAAAUAAUUUCCUACAUCAUGUACAUAAUUGUCCCUUUCACAGCAAGGAAAAAAGAUGAUGGUUUUUUUUUUUACUUUUACUUUUUUUUAAAUCUUAACAUGUGAUUUAAUGUUAAUACUCAAAUAUUAAACCAUUUUUACAUUUUAAUGAGUCUCUUUAACAAACGCCUGAUUUUGGUUAAUGUUUUCUCCUUUAAAAAAAUUGCCCAAAAUCCUUUCUUGUAACCAGAUAUGUAAACAUGUACUACUGAUCAUUAUUAUAUUAAAGUAUAAAAUAUGAGCAA